UCUCAGCCCAGAUCGUUUGGCCUUUGAAAGUGGAGGAUGAGGGGGUUUACCCCUUUCCAGAGGAUGCAGAGGAUGGACUCCUUUUGAGUCUGAAACUCGCUGGUGACGGCAUCAGUCAAGAGAUCCACCUGGCACCGGUGGAAAAGUUUCCUGCGGAGGACAUCGUGGAACACACGAUCGCCAUAGAAAGCAAUGAAGAUGUCCUUGCCUUCUGUUGUGAUGAGGUACACGAUGAAGGGGGUGGAGCCCUGUAUUACCACCCACACAUCAUCAUUCGCGCGCAAGAUGCCGACAAGACUAUCUUGCGUAUGGAACCACUUUCUGGUGGCGCAGUGUGGCCAGCACCACGUCGUCGUGGAAGACGUAUCAGCCUCCCAGACAUCGAAGUGAAUGAUCUGGACAUCUUCAAAUCAGUCACCGUUGAUCCCAAAGAACAUGAAGCAGUCCUACCCAUCGUCGGUUUCCGAUGUCUCUCAGGGCCCCGGCGGGACCACAUCACUGGGGUCCUGUGGUCUGAGAGUUCCAACACAAUGGAUUGCCGCAACAUGUCGCGACAUGUUAAGAUCUCCACUGGCCAGACGGUCAUGUUUUGGUUCGAGCUUAUUUGCCUCGAUUUGGCAGCCUGGUACCUUGACAUCGUGCUCGAUGUGAAACAACUGGUUUUGUUUGCAAAAACCGGAAUGAUGGAUUACUUCGACAUAAACCUUGCCGGCAUGUCGUUGCCCAUCAUGCUGAGUGUAUACGAAGUUUUACACUUUUUGCAUACAGAGAGCCCAGAAAGAGAUGCGAUCAUGGCAAUUGGAUGUUCUGAAGCUUUGGUGAUUGCGGGUGGGGUGUGCAGUGUGCUGUUUCAGAUACACACAUUUGGCCUUUGCAUUUGGUCUGCGGCACACCGCUUCAAACACCCUCUGCUAGCGUGCAGCAAACAGGCGGAGGUGAUGGAAGCCGCUACGUCUGCGUUCGUCCAGGCGAACUAUCUGGUAUGCGCGCUCUCUGGGGUUGAAGCCUUUGCAGACUUGGAAUUGAAUCCGACCGACUUAGGAUUCCUGGCUGCUUCCAUCUGCUUAUCAUGCGGCAUGUUGGGGUUGGGCUUUGCAUCCCGCGAUAAGAGCCCUUCACGCGUUCUUGGGCUUCCAGGGAAGAAAACUGACUGGGACCUGGAGUUCCUUUUGCUCAUUUUGGUCCGUUUCAUGGAGGUCCUGAGCCGUGUGUUUGGCAUUAGCCUGGUGCACAUUUCGACCCGCUUCGCAAACUUCAAGUUGGGAGGACCCGUGGUGGUCUUGGUCCUGGCAGUUUCGUCCAGACUUUUGUUCAGGAAUGCACCUACUGUAGAUGUGCUGGCAGCUGUCGUUGCACAUCCUGGGCAGCUUCUAGAGCCUACGUCGUUGUUGCCGUUUCACGCGUCGUUGUUUCUGGACGGAAUGCUGGCAGUGACCCUGAUCAUCUGUCAGAUUCUGGUGCGCAACGAGGCCUUGUUUGCUGAACACUCUAAGGCAUUGCCAAAAGAGGUGUUGGGAGCGUGGCUGGCUCUCACAGCUGUCAGCUGCGUAGGAAGGUCAUUUUUUGUGUAUUACCUGGGGCCCAAGGUAGAAUGUCCUAUCUUCAAUCGGCUGGCGUCCGAAAGUGGUCCUGACGAGAUGAAGGCGAUUGAGAUCAGGUAUUCCGCGCUUCCUGCUGCAUUCAACUGCCCAAACGAGGUGCCAGUGGCCAUUUUGGCAGCAAUGCCGAAGCAGCAUCUUCUAAGUGGUUUGGUUCGUGAAGAAGAUGCUGAUUGGUUGGAGGGCCCUGUGCGGCAAUUCCUGCGAAAACUGCGAGUUCUCUGUUCCUCCAUCACUGGAGCGAAAGGGACAUCCACACUCCUCCUUUCCUUGGCCAAAUGUGCAGCGCUGGAGGAGCUCAAUUUGGGUGGCUGCGACAAGAUCCCAGCAGACUCCUGGAAGCAGCUGGGGGAAGCCAGGUGCUUCGGUUAUAACACAGUGGGCGCAGAAGGGGCCGCCGUGCUCCUCCUUUCCUUGGCCAAAUGCGCAGCGCUGGAGGAACGUUUUGUGAGUUGUGACGUGUGCUUCGAUGCACGGACAAAGGGCGCAGAUGGGGCUGCCGUGUGCUUCGGUUAUAACACAGUGGGCGCAGAAGGGGCCGCCGUGCUCCUCCUUUCCUUGGCCAAAUGCGCAGCGCUGGAGGAUCUUAACUUGGGUUGGUGCAGCGAGAUCCCAGCAGACGCCUGGAAGCAGCUGGGAGAAGCCAGGUGGGUGAACCUCAAAAAGGCAUCAUUUAUGGGGUGCUUCGAUGCACGGACAAAGGGCGCAGAUGGGGCCGCUGUGCUCCUCCUUUCCUUGGCCAAAUGCGCAGCGCUAGAGGAUCUUAACUUGGAUCGUUGCUACAAGAUCCCAGCAGACGCCUGGAAGCAGCUGGGAGAAGCCAGGUGCUUCGGUCGGGACACAAAGGGCGCAAGAGGGGCCGCCGUGCUCCUCCUUUCCUUGGCCAAAUGCGCAGCGCUGGAGGAGCUCAAUUUGCGUGACUGCGACAAGAUCCCGGCAGACGCCUGGGAGCAGCUUCCACAGCCCGUUUGGCCAGCUUUGCAGAAAAGCGAAGGAGUACCGGACUUCGUGGAGUUGGGCGGUAUCCAUCCGUCAGGUUGCACUGACGCUUGCACCAGUCUCUGCACCGGUGCCAAACAUCUUCGUUCGGCCCAAUUUGACCGGGAUACUCCUCCGUGUAACCAACUGGUGCUCCUCCUUUCCUUGGCCAAAUGCGCAGCGCUGGAGGAUCUUAACUUGGAUUUUUGCUUCAAGAUCCCAGCAGACGCCUGGAAGCAGUUGGGAGAAGCCAGGUGGGUGAACCUCAAAAAGGCAUCAUUUCGCGGGUGCUUCGAUUCAGACACAGUGGGCGCAAGAGGGGCCGCCGUGCUCCUCCUUUCCUUGGCCAAAUGCGCAGCGCUGGAGGAGCUCAGUUUGGGUGACUGCGACAAGAUCCCAGCAGACGCCUGGAAGCAGUUGGGAGAAGCCAGGUGGGUGAACCUCAAAAAGGCAUCAUUUUGCGGGUGCUUCAGUCGGGACACAAAGGGCGCAGAUGGGGCCGCCGUGCUCCUCCUUUCCUUGGCCAAAUGCGCAACGCUGGAGGAGCUCAGUUUGGAUGGCUGCGGCAAGAUCCCAGCAGACGCCUGGAAGCAGUUGGGAGAAGCUAGGUGGGUGAACCUCAAAAAGGCAUCAUUUGCAUGGUGCUUCGAUUCAGACACAGUGGGCGCAAGAGGGGCCGCCGUACUCCUCCUUUCCUUGGCCAAAUGCGCAGCGCUGGAGGAGCUCAGUUUGGGUGACUGCGACAAGAUCCCAGCAGACGCCUGGAAGCAGUUGGGAGAAGCCAGGUGCUUCGAUUCAGACACAGUGGGCGCAGAUGGGGCCGCCGUGCUCCUCCUUUCCUUGGCCAAAUGCGCAACGCUGGAGGGGCUCAGUUUGGGUGACUGCGACAAGAUCCCAGCAGACGCGUGGAAGCAGCUGGGAGAAGCCAGGUGCUUUGAUGCACGGACAAAGGGCGCAGAUGGGGCCGCUGUGCUCCUCCUUUCCUUGGCCAAAUGCGCAACGCUGGAGGAACAUUCUGAGUUGUGCUUCGAUGCACGGACAAAGGGCGCAGAUGGGGCCGCCGUGCUCCUCCUUUCCUUGGCCAAAUCUUUGCGGAAGAGCGAAGGAGUACCGGACUUCGUGGAGUUGGGCGGUAUCCGUCCGUCAGGCAUGGACCAGACGUCGGACGAUGUAGAUGGUGUGGAGUGGCUUCCUUUUGAACGGAAGGCUGAGGGAUUUGUGAUGAGGGGAUUGGCAGCUUUACAGCCCUCCGGGAGGGAGUUCCAGCAUCUGGUGUCCUGGUUCGACAAUGCGACAAGCGAGGCAUUUUUCGAUUUUUGUUUGGCUGCUGAUCCAUGGGAGGUGACCACCGGUGGCAGCGGUUCUUCAGUAUCCACUUGCCAAAGUUUGGCAAGUGACUGCGGCGGAUCCCAGCAGUUGCCGCGUCUGGGUGUCCUGUCGCAAGAGAUGAAGUCCUUCUGGAGGGCGGGGACCCGUUUGGACUUCUCUUCGUUGUCUCCACUGCGAAGCGGCUCAGCCAGCAAUGUGGGGUGUCACGGCGAGGAAAGCGUGGAGAGCACGGGCCUUGACACUCAGAUUGUGAUUUACUGCGAAGCGGCUCAGCCAUCAAUGUGGGGCCCCUUCCACAGGAAAAAGAGGACGUGGACUCACGUGGACCUGGAAGAUCGCUGGAGUUUCACUAUCGAUGAAGAUGUGCCCCUCAUUACAGACUUGGAGGGUUGGACUAGUGCGUUGACCACGACCACACCUUGUUCCCGUGUCACGGCGAGGAAAGCGUGGAGAGCACGGGCCUUGACCACUCAGAUUGUGAUUUCUGCAGCGGAACAUGUGUGGCUCAGAAUAAUUCGCAGCAGAGCCGUGGAGCCUCGUUUCACCAUGGGUUGUGGCCAAUGCCGGGGCGUGAAGCCCGAAUCCCGGGGCUUUCGCUCGCAAGGCGCAAAUGUCUCACAGGCAGAAAUGGAAUUGAUCCCAUUGCUUGCUAGCGAUUUGGAAGUCGGCAUCGACCACCAGCGACGAAGAACUUUCUCAGCCCAGAUCGUUUGGCCUUCGAAAGUGGAGAAAAAGGGGGGUUACCCCUUUCCAGAGGAUGCAGAGGAUGGGCUCCUGUUGAGUCUGAAACUUGCUGGUGAUGGCAUCUCUCAAGAGAUCCGCCUGGCACCAGUGAAAACGUUUCCAGCGGAGGACAUCGUGGAACACACGAUCACGGUGGAAAGCAAUGAAGAUGUCCUUGCCUUCUGUUGUGAUCAGGUACACGAUGAAGGGGGCGGAGCCCUCUAUUACCAUCCACACAUUAUCAUUCGUGCGCAAGAUGCCGACAAGACUAUCUUGCGUAUGGAACCACUUUCUGGUGGCGCAGUGUGGCCAGCACCACGUCGUCGUGGAACACGUAUCAGCCUCCCAGACAUCGAAGUGAAAGAUCUGGACAUCUUCAAAUCAGUCACCGUUGAUCCCAAAGAACAUGAAGCAGUCCUACCCAUCGUCGGUUUCCGAUGUCUCUCAGGGCCCCGGCGGGACCACAUCACUGGGGUCCAGUGGUCUCAGAAUUCCAAUACGCUGCACUGCCACAACAUGUGGCAACGGGUUAAGAUCUCCACUGGCCAGACGGUCAUGUUUUGGUUCGAGCUUAUUUGCCUCGAUUUGGCAGCCUGGUACCUUGACAUCCUGCUCGAUGUGAAACAACUGGUUUUGUUUGCAAAAACCGGAAUGAUGGACUAUUUCUACAUAAACCUUGCCGGCAUGUCGUUGCCCAUCAUGCUGAGUGUACACGAUUUUGUGCACUUUUUGCAUACGGAGAGCCCAGAAAGGGAUGCGAUCAUGGCAAUCGGAUGUUCUGAAGCUUUGGUGAUUGCGGGUGGGGUGUGCAGUGUGCUGUUUCAGAUACACACAUGUGGCCUUUGCAUUUGGUCUGCCGCGCACCGCUUCAAACACCCUCUGCUAGCGUGUAGCAAACACGCGGAGGUGACGGAAGCCGCUACGUCUGCGUUCGUCCAGGCGAACUAUCUGGUAUGCGCGCUCUCUGGGGUUGAAGCCUUUGCAGACUUGAAAUUGAAUCCGACCGACUUGGCAUUCCUGGCUGCUUCCAUCUGCUUAUCAUGCGGCAUGUUGGGAUUGGACUUUGCAUCCCGAGAUAAGAGCCCUUCACGCGUUCUUGGGCUUCCAGGGAAAAAAACUGGCUGGGACCUGGAGUUCCUUUUGCUGAUUUUGAUCCGUUUCAUCGAGGUCCUGAGCCGAGUGUUUGGCAUCAACCUGCUGCACAUUUCGACCCGCUUCGCAAACUUCAAGUUGGGAGGACCCGUGAUGAUCUUGGUCCUGGCAUUUUCGUCCAGACUUUUGUUCACAAAUGCAGCUGCUGUAGAUGUGCUGGCAGCUGUCGUUGCACAUCCUGGGCAGCUUCUAGAACCUACGUCGUUGUUGCCGUCUCGCGCGUCGUUGUUUCUGGACGGAAUGCUGGCACUGACCCUGAUCAUCUGUCAGAUUCUGGUGCGCAACGAGGCCUUGUUUGCUGAACACUCUAAGGCAUUGCCAAAAGAGGUGUUGGGAGCGUGGCUGGCUCUCACAGCUGUCAGCUGCGUAGGAAGGUCAUUUUUUGUGUAUUACCUGGGGCCCAAGGUAGAAUGUCCUAUCUUCAAUCGGCUGGCGUCCGAAAGUGGUCCUGACGAGAUGAAGGCGAUUGAGAUCAGGUAUUCCGCGCUUCCUGCUGCAUUCAACUGCCCAAACGAGGUGCCAGUGGCCAUUUUGGCAGCAAUGCCGAAGCAGCAUCUUCUCAGUGGUUUGGUUCGUGAAGAAGAUGCUGAUUGGUUGGAGGGCCCUGUGCGGAAAUUCCUGCGAAAGCUGCGAGUUGUCCAUUCCUUAAUCACUGGAGCGAAAGGGACAUCCACGCUCCUCCUUUCCUUGGCCAAAUGUGCAGCGCUGGAGGAUCUCAACUUGGAUUUGUGCUACGAGAUCCCAGCAGACGCGUGGAAGCAGCUGGGAGAAGCCAGGUGCUUCGGUUUAAGAACAGUGGGCGCAGAUGGGGCCGCCGUGCUCCUCCUUUCCUUGGCCAAAUGCGCAGCGCUGGAGGAACAUUCUGAGUCGUGCUUCGGUUCAGACGCAGUGCGCGCAGAUGGGGCCGCCGUGCUCCUCCUUUCCUUGGCCAAAUGCGCAGCGCUGGAGGAGCUCAAUUUGGAUGAGUGCGGCAAGAUCCCAGCAGACGCCUGGAAGCAGUUGGGAGAAGCCAGGUGCUUCGGUUCAGACACGGGCGCAGAUGGGGCCGCCGUGCUCCUCCUUUCCUUGGCCAAAUGCGCAGCGCUGGAGGAGCUUAAUUUGCGUGGCUGCUGGAAGAUCCCAGCAGACGCCUGGAAGCAGCUGGGAGAAGCCAGGUGCUUCCAUUUCGACCCAGUGGGCGAUGGGGCCGCCGUGCUCCUCCUUUUCUUGGCCAAAUGCUCAGCGCUGGAGGAACAUUCUGAGUUGUGCUUCGGUAGACAGACAGAGGGCGCAGAUGGGGCCGCCGUGCUCCUCCUUUCCUUGGCCAAAUGCGCAGCGCUGGAGGAGCUCAAUUUGAGUGACUGCUACAAGAUCCCAGCAGACGCCUGGAAGCAGCUGGGAGAAGCCAGGUGCUUCGGUCGGGACACAAAGGGCGCAAGAGGGGCCGCCGUGCUCCUCCUUUCCUUGGCCAAAUGCGCAGCGCUGGAGGAGCUCAAUUUGGGUGACUGCGACAAGAUCCCGGCAGACGCCUGGGAGCAGCUUCCACAGCCCGUUUGGCCAGCUUUGCAGAAAAGCGAAGGAGUACCAGACUUCGUGGAGUUGGGCGGUAUCCAUCUGUCAGGCUUCCUGUGCUUCGAUGGAGAUUUUGCCGGAAUAACUUGUUGCUGUGCUCAACGGAGUGCCCUAGCUUCAGAGUUCUUUUGUUGCAAGAACCGCCUUGUUGCAAAUUUCGAGCUUGCGUGGCAGGUUACACUGACGCUUGCACCAGUCUCUGCACCGGUGCCAAACAUCUUCGUUCGGCCCAAUUUGGCCGCCUCUUUUGCAGUGUGCUUCAAUUCAGACACAGUGGGCGCAGAUGGGGCCGCCGUGCUCCUCCUUUCCUUGGCCAAAUGCGCAGCGCUGGAGGAGCUCAAUUUGAGUGACUGCUACAAGAUCCCAGCAGACGCCUGGAAGCAGCUGGGAGAAGCUAGGUGCUUCGGUCGGGACACAAAGGGCGCAAGAGGGGACGCCGUGCUCCUCCUUUCCUUGGCCAAAUGCGCAGCGCUGGAGGAACAUUCUGAGUUGUGCUUCGAUUCAGACACAGUGGGUGCAGAUGGGGCCGCCGUGCUCCUCCUUUCCUUGGCCAAAUGCGCAGCGCUGGAGGAACAUUCUGAGUUGUGCUUCAAUUCAGACACAGUGGGUGCAGAUGGGGCCGCCGUGCUCCUCCUUUCCUUGGCCAAAUGCGCAGCGCUGGAGGAUCUUAACUUGGAUUCUUGCAUCAAGAUCCCAGCAGACGCGUGGAAGCAGCUGGGAGAAGCCAGGUGGGUGAACCUCAAAAAGGCAUCAUUUCGCUGGUGCUUCGGUCGGGACACAAAGGGCGCAAGAGGGGCCGCCGUGCUCCUCCUUUCCUUGGCCAAAUGCGCAGCGCUGGAGGAUCUUAACUUGGAUGCUUGCAAAGGGAUCCCAGCAGACGCGUGGAAGCAGCUGGGAGAAGCCAGGUGGGUGAACCUCAAAAAGGCAUCGUUUGAAGGGUGCUUCGAUUCAGACACAGUGGGCGCAGAUGGGGCCGCCGUGCUCCUCCUUUCCUUGGCCAAAUGCGCAGCGCUGGAGGAUCUUAACUUGGAACGUUGCUGGAAAAUCCCAGCAGAUGCCUGGAAGCAGCUGGGAGAAGCCAGGUGGGUGAACCUCAAAAAGGCAUCAUUUAUCAUGUGUCUUGGCAGGAAAAUGUUGUUGCACGAUGGGUUUCAGUUCGUGGUCUUGAGACUUUGCAGAAGUUGA